AUGUUUCGAAUAGCUACUAGAGCGAAUUCACAAGCUGCAGCGUAAAAAUAACACGCAUGUGAUAUUCACUAAAGGAGAGGCGAAAGGGAUGAAUGUUUUGCGACAGUUUUGCAGGCGUCAGAUAUUUGAUGCUUUGAAGCAUAGAAAUUUGACAAACAGUCAGCAUAGACUUUGUUCAAGAGAAUAUUCAGGACAGUUGAUGUCACAGCUGCAGGCUAAGAUUAAAUUCAAUGGGCCUUUAACUGUAGCAGAUUAUAUGAAAGAAGCAUUAACAAAUUGCACAGAGGGUUAUUAUAUACACAGAGAUGUAUUUGGAAAAGAUGGAGAUUUUACAACUUCACCAGAGAUCAGUCAGAUGUUUGGAGAGCUUGUUGCAUUAUGGUUUGUUAAUGAAUGGAUGAUGGCUGGUUCCCCAGAAGAUAUCAAGCUAGUAGAACUUGGCCCAGGACGUGGAACCAUGGCUGAUGAUAUGUUAAGGGCAUUUUCAAAUUUUCCUGAACUGAAAAAAGCCCUGUCAUUACAUUUGGUGGAGAUAAGUGAAAAAUUAAGUGAAAUGCAAGAGGAGAAGUUGUCAGCUGGUGGAGAUAAUUCAACUAUUGCUUGUUCUGAAAAUGAUCCCCACUAUAAAAGUUGUAAAUCAAAACAUGGUCCUAAUGUUUACUGGUAUAGAGAUAUAAGUGAGAUUCCAGCGGGGUAUACUAUGUUUGUGGCACAUGAAUUCUUUGAUGCUUUACCUAUACAUAAAUUUCAAAAAGUAGACAAAGGAUGGCGGGAAAUUCUAGUUGAUAUAGAUCCAGCCGCAGACAACAAACUGAGGUAUGUGUUAGCUCCUGGUGAAACUGCUGCUUCUAAAGUUUAUCUCAAGGUAUCAGCAGAUGAUAAGAGAGAGCAUAUUGAAGUUAGUCCUGGUACUGGUGUAACAGUUCAACAUAUAGUUGAUGUAUUAGACAAUCAUGGUGGAUCUGCGUUACUUAUAGACUAUGGGCAUGAUGGCACAAAAGAAGAUACUUUUAGGGGUUUUCGUAAUCAUGAGUUACAUGACGUGCUGGAAGACCCAGGAACUGCAGAUCUAACAGCAGAUGUUGACUUUUCAUACAUCAAAAAACAAGCAGGGGAUAGGGUUAAAUCAUUUGGACCUGUAACACAAUCACAUUUCUUACAAAAUAUGGGUAUAGCCUACAGAUUAAAGAUGUUGUACGAGAAAGCUGAUGCGGAUGGAAAGAAAGAUCUCUUGUCUGCCUUCAACAUGUUAACAAAUCCUGAACAGAUGGGAGAAAGAUUUAAAUUUCUUGCUAUAUUAAAUAAACACUGUUCCCAUAGCCCGGUUGGCUUUGAUCCUCUCCCAGAGGAAUGAUAGACAGUCUGUGACUUAUUGGCUUGGUUCUAUAAAAUGGAGACCUGUCCACAUCCCCACGUCAGUGUCUGUGUCUUCGUUCAUACUUGUAGAUGAAGUUUUUAUGCAGUAUGGUAUCAUAUUGUUCAGCAGCUAUACAAAGUAUAUGAGUGUUGUCUUACUCACCAUGACAUCCGCUUCCAGAUUUAUGAUUAUGUAUAGUAAAAUAUUUUACAAAUU